GCGCUCUCUCAUCGAAAUGGCCGAUUGUCGCGGCGAGCUGUACCGCGCGCUGGACGCGUCAAUUGAUGCAUGCGGCGGGAAAUUGGACGACGUCAAGGUCCUUGAGACUGCACGCCACUUUGACGCCCACCACCAACCCAAAACGUACGUCGGAGCUCCUGUCCGAUUUGUGUGCUGUCCCCAUCCUCCGGAAGGUGCACGGUCAUGCACCGUUGCCGCCGACGCCAUCGUGUCGUCUGUCGCUGGUGUCUCGAUUCAUGUCAACACGGAGGAGUCGAUGCAUGUCACACUAUUCCACACGUCCCAUCCGAACGAUCGCAGACCGUUUUCGGAUGCGAUUCGCGCGCACGGUAGAUUCCAUCGCCCGCGUCGUUGCAUGCCCCCUCACAUGAAGCACAUGUCAGAGCUGUCGGAUUUGCGGGCAUUGGCGGCGGCCUUUCCUCAGUUCUCGCUCCGUUUUCACAGCAUUGUCCUGGCGUCGUCUGGCUCCAUCGUCAUGCUCUUUGACGAUCCUGACGAUACAGUGGAUCGCUUAAGACUGGUCGCUCACUCCGUCUUCCCUGCCUUGCCUGCAUAUCAAACCAAGACGAUUGUGCACACGACGUUGGCGAGAGUCUUGACUCCGUCGAUGCCUUCUGAAACCCUCCAAGCUCUACGAGCGAAAUGCCUCGAGGUGACAGCUCAACUUCGACACGAUGCUUUUGGGAUUGCGCUCUCGCGACUCUGGUAUGUUGAAGAGACCCAUUACUUCUCUGCAGAAAGCGGCCGUCGUACGUCGAUUGCGCUGCCGCCACCACUUCAUGGAGCUUCAGUUGGUGUGAAUGAUACGAGCCAGCAUUUGAGAGACAGCGGCGCGACGAGCGGAUGAGUACCAUACAUACCACGCUCAUCCAUGUUGUGUUCAUCAUGUGGUGGCGCCAACUCCCGCAAGCGCCCAGAGCAACAACGUAAUAUUUUUAGCGCACAUUCAAUUUCAAUACAAAUGAGAAGAUAAUUUAAUGACAUAGCAAAAUCCCGA